UGUCGAUCAGAGCCGCUAACGUUCAGGUUCCACCUCGACGAACAUCGCAUCGACCCAAUCGCUGCGGAACUGCCCCGGCGGAGCCGAUCGAGCCAAGACCUGCACCGUCGCCGGCGAUCGGAAACCACCUUCCCUACUCGCGCCACAAUGCGGGGGGCCUCCACCGGAAUCGUCUACGGCGGCCUCAAGUACCAGGUCGCAACGGCGGCCCGAUGCAUCGCCGACGUUAAGGCCGACGUUGACCACACCAGCUUCCUCGCCGGAACUCUCAGCCUCAAAGAGGAAAACGAGGUGCAUCUGAUCCGACUUUCGCCGUCAGGAUCGGAGCUCAUAUGCGAUGGUCUCUUCUAUCACCCAAACGAGAUCUGGGAUCUCAAGACUUGCCCAUUCGAUCCCAGGAUUUUCUCUACAGUGUUCACUUCUGGUGAAGCAUAUGGGGCUUCUGUUUGGAAGAUUCCUGAGCUCUAUGGACAGUCGAAUGCCCCACAACUCGAACAAUUGGUCUCCCUUGACAAGCAUUCUUUUAAGAUCAAGUGCGUCCUUUGGUGGCCAUCUGGGAAGUAUGAUAGACUAAUCAGCAUUGAUGAAGGAAAUCUUUUCCUUUGGAGUAUAGAUUCGUCGAAUAAAGUAGCCAAGGUGGUAUCACAAGAAUCUGUUGGUAUGCUUCAAAACCUUUCAGGUGGUGCAUGGGAUCCUCAUGAUCGAAAUGCUCUUGCCGGUAUAUGUGACUCGUCAUUUCAAUUUUGGGAUCUCCGGACAAUGAAGAAGACUACUUCUAUUGAGCAAGCACACAUUAGGGAUAUUGAUUAUAAUCCAAAAAAGCAGCAUCUUCUUGUGACUGCAGAAGAUGUAUCUGGCAUUCGACUAUGGGAUCUUAGAAGACCCAAGUUUCCUGUAAAAGAACUCCCUGGGCAUGCACAUUGGACAUGGGCGGUCAGGCAUAAUCCAGAGUACGAUGAACUCAUUUUGAGUGCCGGCACAGAUUCAACCGUCAACUUGUGGUUGGCUGACCUUCCUGCCACUGAAGAUUUAUCGAAUGAAAGUCUUUUUGUCUCAUCGGAGCAGUUGAAAAAUUCACUAAUCAAUUCAUAUACUGACUAUGAAGAUAGCGUUUAUGGUCUUGCAUGGAGCACACGGGAACCUUUGAUAUUUGCAUCAUUGUCCUAUGAUGGCCGGGUGGUCGUCGAAUCGGUGAAGUCAUUUAUUAGGAGAAAGUGAGGCUGAUCUCCCAAGUAAGCUUCCAACACUUCAAUACCCAUCCUUGUAAAGGGCUUAUAGAACUGCAGAAAAAUUUUAGUUCGCUCUUUAGUUUAUAUUUUUUCUUCUUUUUUUUUUCAAAAUUAUCAAGAUAUCUGUUUAAAUCGUGGCAAGUUCACCCUCGAACCAUCAAUACUGUUUCGUUUCGUGUUGGAAAAGUGGCGUUGCACAACCGCCACCCUGUUAUUCCGUUAUAUUUGGUUCAUUAGCAUUAAUUGGUAGCACUGUAGAGUGAUUCGAGCUUAGAAGCAUUGUAUUCACUUGUAAGUCAUUUUGAUAUGCCUUUUGAGUAGUUUGCUGUAAUGCUUGUCAUUUUUCUAUUACUUGGGGAAAUUAAUAUUUCCUCUUCAAGUUUA